GGUGAUGCUCGCCAGGUCCGGCGUCGCCAAGCUGCGCCUCGUCGACUUUGACUACGUCACGCUCUCCUCGCUCAACCGGCACGCGACCGCGACGCUGGGCGACGUCGGCACGCCCAAGGUCAGGUGCGUGCAGCGCGCGCUGCGGCAGGUAUGCAAGUGGCUCGACGUCGAGGCGUGCGUGGAUAUCUGGCGCAAGGAGGAGGGGGGCCGGUAUCUGGAGGGCGUGGAUUGGGUUGUCGAUGCGAUAGAUAAUAUAGCGACCAAGGUGGAUCUGCUGCACUACUGCCACGCGCACGACAUCAAGGUGUUCUCGUCGAUGGGCGCGGGUGCGAAGAGCGACCCGACGCGCGUGCAGAUCUCGGAUAUCUCGUACACGAUCUACGACCCCCUGGCGAGGUCGGUGCGCCGGCGGCUGCGCGUGCUCGGGGUGGCGAGCGGGAUCCCGGUGGUGUACUCGACGGAGGUGCCGGGGGACGUGCGGCUGCUGCCGCUGCCGGAGGCGGAGUUCGCGAGGGGGAACGUGAAGGAGCUGAACGUGUUUGAUGAUUUUCGGGUGCGGAUACUGCCUGUGAUCGGCCCGCUGCCGUCGAUUUUCGGAUUGCACAUUGCGACGUAUAUACUGUGCGAGUUGGCGGGGAGGCCGAUUGCGAACCCGCUGCCGAUCAAGAACCGGCGGAAGCUGUAUGAGAGGCUGUGGAGGGAUUUGCUGACGAGGGAGUCGCGGUUGGCCGGGGAGCAGCUGAACCGGCUCCCGAUAGACGAAGACGACGUGUCGUUGAUCUUCGAAGACGUGCACCUGGGCCGGUCGGUGGUGCCGCCGCACGCGGUGCCGACGAAGGCGGUGCUCGUGCGGUGGGACCCGAGGGAGGAGGUGAGCGUGGAGAACGUGGUGGUGAUGGAGGGGAGGGAGGCGGAGCGGCAUGUGCGGGAGUGCUGGGAUCUGGGGCGGCGGCCGGGGGAGGUGUGGGG